AUGCGUACUCUGCAGUUUGAUGCAGAUGUCCUAUUCGAAAGUCCUUUCUUCUCUUCUCAUAGCUCGAGGGAUCCUCUUGGUUACUUGUUUCAUCAACACCUUGGACAGGUCAGCGUCAAGAAAUGUUUAGUACAUUAUGAUGUAAUGCUUCUGACGGAGAAUCCCAAUUUGAUUGCUCUUAUGUAUCCCUACUCAACCUCAUUCGGGCCGCACGCCUCUGAAACCACUGAUUCUGCUUUGUCCCACAACGUACCGUCGCAGCAGGUUCCCCCUCCUGUUACUUCUCCCUUAAUUUACGCCCAACCGACCUCGCCGUUAGCACUGCCUCAGCGCAGUGGGGCCACCCACUUUACUCAACACCUUUACAAUACACCACAGAAGUCUACAACACCACGGAGUUUCCUUGCAACGAACGGCAGUCCUGAUCUUAUGUCAGUAUCGAUGCAGGCCCCAUCCAACACCUUUCAGGGUUGGCCACCACCGGUUAAUGCGAACACCAACAGCAAUGGAAAUAGUAGUACUGCGGGUUCUCGGUUUCCUCAACCACCGCGCCGAGGCCCGUCUUCACUAGCGACUCAGCCAGUUAGCUUUAAGACGGACUUCUCUUCUGCCCUCGCCCCUCAACCAUCUCACCUUUUCCGACCACAUCCUCACCUGGCUCCAGUUAGCCCCUGUCCUGGAGCCCCAAACACAAAUGUGAACGGUCUAGAUGCCUCCUCUUUUACACACGUAGACCCGUCAAAGGGCUACGGUUGGAGACGCAGUCAGUCGACCAAUUGGAAGGAGAGACCGCAUGUUGGGAAAUACAGUCUCAUUCGCACGAUAGGAAAGGGGAAUUUCGCCAAGGUCAAGCUAGCUCAGCAUGUCACAACGGGGAUGGAGGUGCGUUUAUAUUUAUUUUGUCUUGCCUCAUGCAGUUGA